CCACAGAAUAGUCGCACAGUGGGUAGGAGCGAAGAAGACUCGACCAAACUAAUGCCGCCGCGGUGACGCAAAUAGUCAAAUCCAAUCUCCCACCCCGUGCUCUCGGAUGAUUGGAUCAUCAGCCACGCUCACAAUUGCAUCUCAAUCCCGAUCUCCCCUCCCCAUUCCGCCACCGCCGGCAGCCGCCUCCUCUCCCACACUGCCGAACUCCCCCUCCGCACUCGCGCCGCCGCCCAGACCGCUCCCCUCCAUCCUCGCCGGCGCCGCCGCGUCCCUCCGCCUCCGGAGAGUCCACCGGGUGGGGGGGCGGGGGUGGGGGGGCGUCGUCGAUCCUUGACUCGACCGGAGCCUGGCCCGUGGAGUGAGGAUCCGUCCGGCCUUUCUGUUGGGGGGGCUUCCAGGGGGCGCGCCCGCUGCUGACGAUGGCUGGGUGCGGCGGCGGCGGCUGGGUGUUUCGGCUGGCUGCGGUUCUCGUGGUCGUCGGGUUCGUGCUCGGCUCCGUCGACGCCAGUCUUGGGGACGUUGAUCCGCAGUACAGAACUUGCGUUGAGGAGUGUCAUACUACAGGGAUUAUUGGGGAGAACAUCGUAACCCACUGCCAGUCCCCAGGCAAUGAUGGCACAUCUGUUGGAAGUUACUGGUAUGCACAGGAGCCCCUUUACAUGGAGUGGAAGCAACUAAACUGUAGGACAGACUGCCGUUACUACUGCAUGGUGCAAAGAGAAGGCGAACGACAAUCACGUGGUCUGAGCCCUGUUAAAUAUCAUGGAAAAUGGCCCUUCAUUCGUGUUUCUGUCUUCCAAGAACCACUCUCAGCUGCACUGUCUGCGGUCAACCUAUUGAUGCACUUCACUGGCUGGCUUUCAUUUUUUCUGCUGGUGAAUUACAAAUUACCUGUUAGGCCACAAACUAAGAGAACGUACUAUGAAUACACUGGAUUAUGGCAUAUCUAUGCAAUAUUAUCAAUGAAUGCAUGGUUCUGGAGCUCUAUAUUCCAUACUAGGGAUAUUGACUUGACUGAGAAAUUGGAUUAUUCUUCAGCUGUGGCUCUACUUGGCUAUUCUUUAAUCCUUUCAUUGUUAAGAACCUUCAAUGUCAAGGAUGAGGCUACCAGGGUGAUGUUUGCUGCCCCAAUUUUGGCAUUUGUUACAACGCACAUCUUGUAUCUUAACUUCUAUGAGCUCGACUAUGGGUGGAACAUGAAAGUUUGUGUGGUGAUGGCUGUGGUUCAACUUCUGGCAUGGGCAAUUUGGGCUGGUGUAACUCGGCAUCCAUCACGAUUCAAGCUUUGGGUGGUUGUCUUUGGCGGAGCACUUGCUAUGCUUCUUGAAUUAUAUGACUUUCCUCCGUACAAGGGAUACGCUGAUGCCCACUCGCUCUGGCAUGCGAGCACCAUACCACUCACAUAUCUCUGGUGGAGCUUCAUUAAGGAUGAUGCGGAAUUCCGCACAUCGACUCUUAUUAAGAAGGCAAAGUAAACACAGGACACCGAUCUUUAACUCUUUGAACAUCAGAUUUCUUGGGCAACUCAAUGGAACAUGUGACUGGUUGGUUUCUAACAUCGUGAAAUCUCAGUGUGUUUGCCCUCUAGAUUCUCCUGUAAAAUUGAUUAGAACAAGUAAUUCAUGUUUGCCCAUCAUGAUUUUUGGUCCCCAAACUCAGCAUGUUAUUUUUGGUGUAUCAUGUUUUUGUCCUCCUGAUUUGAAUUUUGAUUGGCCCGAAACAACUAUUAUGUAGUGGAAGAAUACAUCUUGUUUUGGUACCUGAGAGAGGUUGAACAAGGAGGGUCGCCUGUGUCUACUUAU